UUGAGCAGGAUGCCUGAAACCACCGUGAAAGCGCCCAAGAAGGGCUCAAAGAAAGCCGUGUCUAAGAGCGUCAGCAAGACCGGCAAGAAAAAGAGGAGGACCAGGAAGGAGAGCUACGCCAUCUACGUGUACAAGGUGCUGAAGCAGGUCCACCCCGACACCGGCAUCUCAUCCAAGGCCAUGGGCAUCAUGAACUCGUUUGUGAGCGACAUCUUUGAGCGCAUCGCCGGUGAGGCCUCCCGUCUGGCUCACUACAACAAGCGCUCCACCAUCACUUCUAGGGAGAUCCAGACUGCCGUCCGCCUGCUGCUGCCCGGGGAGCUGGCCAAGCACGCUGUGUCUGAGGGCACCAAGGCCGUCACCAAGUACACCAGCUCCAAGUAA